AUGGCUGCCGCGGGGAAUAGCCAGCUUGCCAUAUCUGGCUUUGCUCCAAAGCACUUUCCCCAUAGCAACCUCUUCGAGUAUAUCUCGGGCGACCCUUUCAAAGAAGAGUGCGACUACGUACCCGCAGCUCACAAGCUGGCCCCGAUAGAGCCGAGUCGGCCUAUCUUCGUGGACCACAAGUCUGGCCGAACCCUCACCCACGGCCAGAUCAAGAAAGAUGCCCUCGCCAUCGCCGGCAGCCUCCAAUCUCUCGGCCUCGAUCCCCACGACGUCCACGUCCUCCCGCCAACUCCCACCUGUCCCCGUCCCGAAGUGGCCCCCGUCGUUCUGGUCCAAGUACCCAACUGUCUCUCGUUCCCCGCCAUCGUCCUCGGCGCCUUCGCCUCCGGCCUCACGGCGACCCUCGUAUCCCCGGCGCUCACAAGCGACGAAAUCUCGUGGAUCCUUCAGAAUGCCAGGCCAAAGGUCAUCAUCACGGCCAAUUCAUGCCUCAAGGCCAUGAAGGAGGCCGUUGCGAAGCAGGAGGACAAGGCCUACUUUGCCGACAUUCCCAUUUUCACCGUCGAGGUCGCCAACGAGACCUACCCCCUGCGAUCGUCUUCUGCUUCUUCUUCCUCGUCAUCUGAACGCGACUGGACCGACCUCCUCACCCUCGCGAGUCCCCUCGCCCGCCCCGUUGACUACUCCGACGAAACCUCCCGCUACCGCACCGCAGUAAUCCUAUGGUCCUCGGGCACCUCGGGCCGCUCCAAGGGCGUUCUCCUCUCCCACCACGCCCUCAACUUCUCUGUCGGGUCCAUCUGGCACGAUGCCGAUUACUUCCAGGGUCGGCAGCAGCAAUGGCUCGGCUACGUACCUUUCUACCACGUCUUCGGACUCUGCAACAUCCUUCUCCUCUCCAUGUGCAUCGGCGCUACCGUCCACGUCAUGCAGUCCUUCCAUCUCGAGACGGUGCUGCAGGCCGUUCCCAAACGCCAGAUUACAUAUUUCCACAUGGCGCCCCCCGUGGCCGUCAUGCUCGCCAAGGCCGCCGUCGUCGAGAAGUACAAGGAUGCCUUCGGUAGCGUCGUCGCUGGCGUCACGGGCGGCGCUCCCCUCGGCCACGAGGUCGUCGUGGAAGUCUACAAACGCCUCGGCUUCCGCGUCAGACUGGGCUACGGUCUUUCCGAGGCCUGCAGCACGACACUGCAGCGCGGCGUGGGCGAGGAUGAGAUGCACGCGCAUGCGGGAGACAGUGGGAAGCCCCACUGGGGCGUGCAGGUGAUGAUCGCCGCCAAGGACGAGACGUACGACUCCGAUACCACGCGCCCUGGCUUCGUCGGCGAUGAGGGCGAGAUCCUCAUCCGAUGUCCCGGCCUCUUGACGGCCUACCUCCCCAUUGGUGGACUUAAUCCCGGCGCUCAUCCUGACAUGUCCAUCUCCCUAGAGGCUCUCACCAAGGACGGCUGGUUCCGCACCGGCGACGUCGGCAUCCUCUGCGCCGAGGGCAGGCUCCGUAUCACUGAUCGUCUCAAGGAGAUGAUCAAGGUCCGCGCCUUCCAGGUGGCACCCGCCGAGCUUGAGGCCAUCCUCUGCAGCAGCGACGACGUCGCCGACGCGGGAGUCGUGGGCGUCUACGACCAGUCGGAGGCGACGGAGUGGCCCCGCGCCUUCGUCGUGCCGCGCAAGCAAGGGAAGGAUGAGAACGAACUAAGGGACCUCGCGACGCAGCUUGCUAAGCUUGUGGAGGGUCGUACGACAAAGUAUAAGUGGCUCCAGGGCGGUCUUGUCUUUGUUGAUGCCAUUCCCAAGUCGCCGAGUGGCAAGAUUUUGAGGAGGAUUUUGAGGGAUGGGCAGGUGAAGGGGCAUGAGGUUAAGCUUUAUGAGAGGAAGAGGAGGGAUACGAAGUUCAGUGAUCCUUCGUACUUCCCUGCUCUCAUUACAAGAACCACCUUUGCCAAGGCUGGAAAUCGCCUCUUGCGCAUCAGCCCAACCAACCGCAGUAGCUUCGUUCGGGAUUCCAAACGACGCGUCUUCAGCAUGUCCUUUGGCUUUGCCAUAGGCGAUUUCAUCGCCGCCGGAGAGCUAUGUUGGAAGAUUUACCGCCAAGUGUACGAAGUGUCAAAAGGCGCUCCCGCGGAAGUGCAGGCGCUCCACAACGAGCUCUCCAACAUGUCGAAUGUUAUCAGAGCGCUUGUUGAGGAUGUCAAGGAACCGAACUCUGCGAUAGCUCAAGCAGGGUCGGAUCGCAUCCAGCUCACCAACGACAUUAUGCAAAGAACAAUGGAGACCCUUGGCAGUCUGCAAAAUCUGUUAAAAAAUUCGUCGCUCGAGAGAAUCAAGUCACAAAACGAAAAGCUCUUAAGCUGCGUUGAAGAAAUCAAAGCAUCCAUCUUCGGGGCAUCUCAAAGAAUCAAUGCUCCCCUCAUCGACGGGCCGUUCGACCAACAGUUCCAAUACGAGCUGACGAGAGGUAUGAUGGCAAAGGCCGAAGUCAACGGUCGGGCUUGGUCUUCAAUCGGCAUCGAUGACUGGAUUCAGGCUGGUAAAUGGUGGUUGAUGAAAGCACAGGCACGACUAUAUUCGGCAAAGCCUGGGACACCAGAAAGCUACCAGGCUUAUGCUGACCUUCUCAAGGCUUCCUGGAUACUGACGGACAUCAUCGCUGCCCAUCCACAGAUGAUCCUCGUCUCAAAUGGUUCGCAACAAGUUGAAAUCCAGCAUCUCAGCAAUGCAAUUAAGGCAGAACACGAGAAGGUCGAACGUCAUCUUCCAGGCAAACCUCAACCGCAGCAAAUCAUAAAGGCCAAUUUGAGUAUUUGGAAUCCGAUAUCGACGACAUCUCUCAUGCCAAGUCUGCAUCCGAUGCAAGCGAAACAACAGUCUCUGUGGAAGACCGAGUCGGGCGAAAUUUUAUAUCAAAGAUUUGGGAUUUAUCUUUCCCGGUCAACUUGUUUGGAGAUCGAGUGCAUUAUAAUCCUGGAAGCAAAUGCCGAUGACCGGGCACUUAACAUCAUUGCCCAGACCUGUGAGGGCCAAGAGGUGCUCCGACACGAUGCUCUCAAAUGGAAAGGCACGUCGUUCAAUUUCUCUGUAUAUGCCCGAGUCUUCAACCUUUUGCUGUGGCAAAUACGGCUGUUCAAAUCAAAAUUUCCGUCAUCGAGCUUCGAUGUUCGGAUGUUGCGCGGAGGCGCCUUAUUUCAGUACCUCCAUCUUCUUCAAGAAGAGGGAAGACAGUUUUCCGAACCAGAGGCUAACGCAGAUAUCCAGCGUCUCAGCGAGGAAACCACGGACUCGAUCUCCGAAGAAGACCUCUUUGAUCUCUGGGAUCUUGCAACGCGUGCUUCGAAGCUUUCCGGUCGCGCCCCGAGCUUCGAAGCCCCGAGACAUAAGCAUGGUGGAAUUCCGAUAUCACUGUUGUCCGUGGUGUGUUGGGCUUCGCCAACAGCGCUAUGUUCCCUUUCUGCUUUAGACUCUAUUGCUCCCAAAGGAUCGGAGGGCUACGCCCAGUAUGUUGGUGAGCUGGUCCAGGCUGCAGUAUAUCGCCAAGAUGAAGCAUUCUUGGUAGAAACACUCAAACAACUUGGAAUCCACCCACAGCCUGUCGGCAAAUCCUAUUCUGGGCCUCCGGACACGUUCAUCAAGACUUUACUUCAAUACCUUGGACCUUUAAAGGAACUGGCCGGGCCCUUUGUUCUCUUCUGGACGUCCCUUCAACGAAAGCACAGAGGUCUCUUUGAUGCCAUCGUUGAGCUUACACGAGGUGAAGUUCUAGCCGGCCUCAAAGAGAUUCUAGGAGAUGCCAUUGAAAAUAGGGAUCUUGAAGUUUGCCGUGUUCUCUCAAACAUACCAAAGUCCAUGAAUCAGGACUCCCACCUCCACGAGCUCCUGCUGCGUGCCAUUAGUUUUCGGUUUCCCGAAGGAGUGAAGUGUGUCCUCUCAGUCUACCGAGGAAGACCUGACCCGCAGUGGACUAUGCCUGCGCUACUCACAUUCGACCCGGAUAUCAUUCGCCGAGAACAGCUCAGGGAUACCAUCGACGGACUCAUCCCGUUUUCGGCGGAGGAGAGGUUAAAAAGCUACCUCCUAGCAUUUGACACCGCCGAUACUCUCAUUGGCGUGAACCCAGAAGAGAAAAAUCCGUUCAUGUUAGAAGAAGGGCCGGUGGGGGGUUAUUCAAUUACCGGAGAUGACGAAUUGGAAUUGGAUCGAGAAGGCGUCAAAUACACCACCGUGGCACUGCCAAAGUCGCUCGAGACGCAGGCAACUUGGACGAAGUGGCGAGAAGAGGUUUACGCAAUACUUGAUAAAGCAUUGAAAUGCCAGUUUCCCCGGGAGGAAGGGGAGAGUUCGGAGAUGGAGAAGUUCAAGUGA